AUGGAGUCGCCUCUGGCCGCCCUGCUGUGGCGGUCGCUACGCGUCUACCAGGUCUUCGGCGCGAACACCGAGGUCGGCAAGACUGUCUUCACCACGCUGCUCUGCAAGAGCGCAAAACACAAUUGGAAAGACGAAAAUGUCUCUUUUCUGAAGCCAGUUUCGACGGGGCCACUGAACGAGGCAGAUGAUCAGUCUCGGUGUCGCGAGCAUGCUUCGGAGCGCGCCAAGGCCGGCAAGGGCUGGCUCUUCAUGGAGACGGCCGGCGGCGUGCACUCACCCGGCCCUUCCGGCACCACCCAGGCCGACCUGUACACGCCGCUGCGAGCGCCCGUCGUCCUCGUCGGCGACGCAAAGCUCGGCGGCAUCUCCCAGACCAUCGCAUCGUUUGAAGCCCUGCGCAUCCGCGGAUACGACGUGCAAUCGAUCAUGCUGUUCCAGGAUAAAAAGUACCAAAACUAUCUCUACCUAGCCGACUAUUUCUCGCAAAAGUACAACAUCCCGGUCAUGAGCUUGCAGGAGCCUCCAGCGCGCCUCGAGAAUGAGGCUCGUGAUGUCGAAGCUAUGAAGGAAUAUUACGAGCAACGGACCGAAGAGAACGUCGUCGGAACUGUACUCCAGCAUCUCGAUUCGAACCACACCAAGAGACUCGCCAGGCUAGAAAGCAUGGCCACCAAAGCCCAUGAGACCAUCUGGUAUCCGUUUACCCAGCAUGGUCUGCUCCCCGCCAAGGAUAUCAUGACGAUUGAUUCGGCGCAUGGCGAUUACUUCCAAACAUACAACAGCGGCAAGACCCAAGACCAAGGCGCUCUUCAAGCCUCCUUCGACGGCUCCGCCUCGUGGUGGACUCAGGGUCUCGGCCACGCCAACUCGGAGCUCACCAUGGCCGCCGCCUACGCCGCCGGCCGCUACGGCCACGUCAUGUUCGCCGGCGCCAUCCACGAGCCGGCCCUGACCCUCGCCGAGGACCUCCUGCGCGGCACCAACAACUCGCGCCUCACGCGCGUCUUCUACUCGGACAACGGCAGCACCGGAACCGAAGUCGCCGUCAAGAUGGGGCUGCGCGCCGCGCGCGUCCGCUACGGCUGGGGCGCCGACGAGAAGCUCGGCGUGCUCGGGCUCCGCGGCGGCUACCACGGCGACACCAUCGGCGCGAUGGACUGCGCGGAGCCGUGCGUCUACAACGAGAACAUUGAGUGGUACGAGGGCAAGGGCUACUGGUUCGACUACCCGACAAUCCUCUGCAGGGAGGGAACGUGGCGGGUCGGCGCGCCGGAGGGCUUGGAGGCGGAGCUGGGGAGGUCGCGGGAGUACGAGUCGCUGCGGCACAUCUUUGACGUCGAAGGGCGGGAGGAGGCAGGUGAACACGAAAUUUACGAAAAGUUCAUCAUUGAGAAACUCGAGGCUUUGAAGGCGCAGGGACGCAAGUUUGGCGCGCUGAUCAUGGAGCCCAUCGUUCUCGGCGCCGGCGGCAUGGCCUUUGUUGACCCCCUCUUCCAACGGACUCUCGUCAAGGUCAUCCGCCGCUCGCCGCACCUCUUCACCUCCGAGGCGGGCGUGCAGCCGCGCCCCGAGUCCGGCAAGGAAUGGAGCGGCCUCCCCGUGCUCUUCGACGAGGUCUUCACCGGCCUGUACCGCCUCGGACGCUUCACGCCCUCCACGUUCCUCGGCGUGGAGCCCGACGUCACCGUCAACGCCAAGCUGCUGACCGGCGGGCUCGUGCCGCUCAGCACCACCAUGGCCUCGGAGGACAUCUUCCGCACCUUCCGCAGCCCCGAGAAGGUGGACGCGCUGCUGCACGGGCACAGCUACACGGCGCACCCGAUCGGCUGCCAGGUCGGCAUCGAAUCCCUCAAAGCGAUGCGGCGGAUGGAGCGCCGCGGGGCGUGGGACUGGGCCAAGAACCAAGGCUGGACGGAGGCGAAGAAGGGGACCGAAGAGGUGUGGUCGGUCUGGCCGCGGGGCUUGGUGGAGGACUUGUCGCGCAUGACGGCGCGCGUGGAGGGCGUCUGGGCGCUGGGGAGCGUGCUGGCGGUGCACCUCCGGGACGAGGAGGGCGGCGCGGGGUAUAGCAGUGAUGCGGCGCUCGGGCUGCGCGCGGCGUUGGCGGAGGGCGAGACGGAGGGGAGGAAUGGGCCGUGGAACGUGCAUGCGCGCGUCCUGGGGAAUGUCAUCUACCUCAUGGCUAGUCAGACGACGACACGCGAGGGCGUCGAGCAGCUGUCCAAGUUGCUGGUCGAUGGUCUUAGGUAG